GGGGGAUGACAUCAGCUGGGAGACUGUUGAGGGCUAGUGGAUUAGAGAAUAAAGAUUUCAGCCAGGGCUGCUGAGGUGAGGUUCACCUAGAGAUAUACAAACCCUCCCCCCAAAAGGAAGUCCUUUAUCCCAGAUAACCAACUGCCACUGAACAAUCUGUCUUCACUGUCAUUUUAUCUGGUCCUGUUUGCAUUGCCAUGUUCCCUAUGUUUACAGUUUGUAAGAUCCCAGAUUACCAAAUGUGCACUUUACUCAAGUUUGCGCUGCUUAUUUUUUAAAAAAAUGUUAGUAUGUGGAUGCAAACUUACAACUACAAAGUCCAAGACGCAGCAUAACUGUAUGUGAAAUAAAUAACCCUGAGACUUAUUCUGGCAGGAACUGUUUGUGCAGUAGAUUAGGUUGCAGGAAGAAUAAUCUAGUAAUAAUAAUAAUAAUAAAAAUUUAUUUAGCAGACGCCCAUCUGUCCGACUGAACGGGCACUCUGGGCGACGUACAAUAUAAAAUACAAUAUAAAAUACAAUCUGCUCAUAUACAUAAUCAUCACAUUAUUAAUAUCAUAACAUCUCAUCUGAAGACCAUCUUACAUUAAUACAGUGUAAAACCUAACCCACCCCAGAGAUCCCAUAGGUCUGCCUGAAGAGCCAGGUCUUCAAGGCUCGGCGAAAAGUCAACAGGGAGGGGGCAUGCCGAAGGUCAAAGGGAAGUAAGUUCCAGAGGGUGGGGGCCACAAUUGAAAAAGCCCUCUCCCUGGUCCGCACCAACCUAGCUGUCUUAGUUGGUGGGACCGAGAGAAGGUCCUGUGAGGCUGAUCUUGUUUGGCGGCAUAUUUGGUGAUACUGGAGGCGCUCCUUCAGAUAAACUGGGCCGGAACCGUAUAGAGUUUUAAAGGUUAAAACCAACACCUUGAAUUGGGCCCGGUAUACAACUGGCAACCAGUGUAAUUCAAUCAACACUGGGGUGAUAUGAUCGCGGUGGCGGGUCUGCUUUAUUAAGCGUCUAUCUUCUAUCUAUCUUCAGCAAAACAAGUGCUAGGCAGUAGAAUUUUAACAUUUCACCUAAAGGUAUUUCAUCCAAAUUUUGUGACUGAAAUAUUAAAUCCCAAAACCUGGGUUAAUUUAUGGAAAAUAAAUAUAUUUGCUAUUUUUUGCUUCCAUGAUCUAGAUAUUUGAAAACCAUUUUCUUUUUGCCAGAACUGGCGGAAUUAGAGAAUGGAGAUAGUGGCAUCUAGACUAUAGGGGCAGGGACCAGUGAAUAAUUGUCCUUGAGGACUGAGAGGAACUGUGCAAGACACACAUGCCUCAGCCCUUGACCACUUAAGCAGCUAAGGUGACACUGCCUACAUUCUUUUUUCAGGUUGCUACAUCCAUAAGGACAAGAAACUUAAAAAAAAUUUUAAUUUUUUUACACCAGGAUGAAAUUCCACAUUACUGCAGGAAACAAAAUAUGCAGAGUACAAAUAUGCACUUGCCUGUUCCUGACCCUGGAUACAAAGAUAAGACACUCGUUCUUGCACUAAUAUAUUUCUUCAACAUAUGAUUGAUCUUUACCAGCCCAAAGGCCUGGGGCUUAGAAGCCAUGAUACUGAGCUUUCAGAGCCAUGAUAUGCAUAUUUUCCUGCAUAAAAAGCACUUCUUUGUAGGAAAUGAUCUGCUGAUUUCUUUGUAGGUCAGGAUCAGGAAACCUGUAGCUGUUGUUGGACAUCAUCUCUAUCGAUUGGCCACACUGGGUGGUGAUAAUGGGAGGGAGUCAAACAACAACACCUGGAGGGCCACAGGUUCCCUAUUCCUGAUUUAGGUGAUCACCUGUGACAAUCCCACAUGUACAUACUGUAUUUCAUUGUGUGGAUGGUUCAUACACACAGAUGGUCAUUCCCUGCCAUCAAAGCCCUUCCUAUUUAAGGAAACUGCAGUCUAUGAAGCAGACCUCAGCUACCCUCUGGAGCAGUCCUCUCUUCUUGUUCCAUCCAUUUGAGUAUUGUGGGAGGGCCAGAAGACACACCCUACAGAAGGAAUGGAGUGGGUGGGUGGGUGGUGUUAUCCUUUCGUCGCAGCAGCAGGGCUGAUGUCAGCGCCACUGUCUUGCGGGGGUCCAGCCACCUCACCAUCUGCAGCCUCAUCCAUCAUCUGCUUGUACUGUCGCUUGAAGAAGCCAACCUGGAAGGAAAGAGAGAUAAUUCUGAUGAGUAUCCUGUUCAUGUUUGGGGGAUAAGGGUUAAACAGAAACAGAUCAUUCUGGGGAGAAUGCAUAAAUGGCAAAUGGCACCAGCAGAGUCAACGAAGGAAGAACAGACUAAGGAGGUACUCUGGGUAUCCCUGCUUAGGGUGGUGGCUUCCCCCCCCCCCCGCUGCCCCAGCCAGCUCCCUCCUUGUGGGCCCUGAUUUGUUUGUUGAGGGGGAAAGCUACAACUCUGCACGCUGUAGCAGAAGAAGGUGGCACCCAAAAAGUCCCUCCCAACUCCCUGGCAGGCCUCCCUCUCCAUAUCUCUGCCCUCACCUUGUACAGAACUGCAGCAAUCAGAGCAAGGAGGAUGAGUCCUCCCACGCUGCUCCCAAUGAUGAUGGGAAGGUAGUUGUAGGGCUCCAAGAAUUCCACCACAGUCUUCCCCUACAGGGUAGGAGGGAUCAAAUGGAGAGAGGAAGAGUGGACCUGAUCUCAUUCACUGGAACCGUUCCUCGUCCACAGCUAUGAAAGAUAGCCAGGAACCACGACUCCCUCCCACCUCCUUCUAACCCUAGACCACAUCCUUCGACCAAAGAAGCCAGGAGUCCAGGCUAGGAUUGCCAGUUCUGACUCUCAUAGUGUCCUCCUAAAGAAUCCUAGGAACAGAAAUUUGAUGGCAGUGCUGAGAAUUCCAGUCUUCCCUGCAGAAGUACAGUUCCUGGGUUUCAUAGUGUAGAUGUGCCCUAAGAAGCAAGGGAUUCUGGAUGUGCAGCAUAGGAGCAUGUUAAUAUCCUACCAAGGAAAGGUUCAUGUCCUUCCCACCUUUGGACCAAUAAAGACCCAGCAGCAGCCUCCAUACCUGGGAGACCCAUUUGAAGCUGAUGUUCCCCUUGAUCCUGAACUCCAAAGGUUGCUGCAGCUCCAGGGAUGGAAUGUUGCAAAGGAUCGUUUUACAAGCAGCCACAGAGCAGUCCUAGAAGGAGGCAGAAGGAUAUCCUCAGAUAAAAAUCACAGCACGGGUAUCCCGCUUUAUAGCUCAGAGGGGCUUACAAAAGAUUCUCAAGGCAGCGGCUUCCACCAAAAGCUCUCUGAGGCAAGAGCGUGGCGAUGGGCAGUUGGAUCUCCCUCAUCCUUCCCUUGCUUGACAGUUGGCAGUUGCCAGGCAACAGAUCAGGCCUCCUCCUCCUGUGAGGAUUCUAAGUGCCAUCCCGUCAGCUGUCUCUGCAGCAGGAGCUGCCGUGUCCUCCUCGCCUGGACAUUGUCACCCUGGAUCAGAACCUGGAGGCAGCGCUUCAGGAGAGGGACUGCUCUGUACCAAAGGCUAGUCAACCAGAAUCUAUACAACUGCCUUAUACUUAUUUAACAAAAUUUAGGUACUGCUUGAUUGUGGGAAACCUCUAAGCGAUUUACAAGGAACGAUAACUUGAAGAACGUGUGCUUGAGCUUGCUUUCCUCUCCCAUUCCUUUCUCCUUUUGUGUCAAGUCUUUUUAGAUUGUUAGCCCAAGUAUAGAGACCAUCUUCGUACUGAUUUUUGUAAGCUGCUCUGAGAGUCUUUUUGGCUAAAAGGUGGGGUAUAAAUGUAUAAAUGUCAUAUAAACAAACAAUGCUGUCUGAGGCAAGGAGAUGUUGCUGAGCAGCUAGAGAGAACAGCGGAGAGGCUGUGCUUCCGGGGUAGGUGGGGUAGGUGUGUCAGGGUGCUGCGUUUGGAAGCUUUCCCGCUGCGAGAAGUCUCUCGCUUGAAGGCAACGUCUGAAUGGAGCUAUUGGCCCGCACAUGCUGUGCACAGAAUGACACCCACGUUGAAAUCUGGAUUGUCCCAUCCAUGGAGGGGAAGAGAGAGAGUUGCCUCAGAGCCAACUCAGGGGCUGGUGACUUUUGAAGACGUGGCUGUUUACUUCACAAAGGAGGAAUGGGCUCUCCUAGACCCAAAGCAAAGAGCCCUGUAUAGUAGCAUCAUGCUGGAAAAUUAUGGGAAUAUAGCCUCACUGGGAUGCUCCAUCCCGAAGCCUGAUCUCAUCUGCUGGCUGGAGAGUGCAGAAGAGCUGUGGGUGUUGGGCUCUCAGACGCCGGGUGAAAAAGAGAUCUCUAGCACCAAUUCAGAUGACUUGAAUAAAAAGAAUGUGUGCCCUGAGUGUAGGAAAUGUUUUACUAAGAAAUGUAACCUUGUCAGACACCAGCAAAUCCACGCAGCAGGGAGACCUUAUGAAUGCUUGGAGUGUGGGAAAUGCUUUGCUCAACAACCUGUGUUUCUGAAACACCAGAAAGUCCAUUUAUGGGGAGAGAAACCCCACAAAUGCCUGGACUGUGGAAAAAGUUUUGCUCACCUCUCUGUCCUUGUGACCCACCAGAGGGUCCACACAGGAGAGAAACCCUAUAAAUGCAUGGAAUGUGGGAAGUGUUUGGCAUUGCAUGGAGACCUUGUGAGACACCAGAGACUCCAUACAGGAGAGAAACCCUAUAAAUGCUUGGAAUGUGGGAAAGGUUUUGCUCGCCAGUCAAAUCUUGUGAACCACCAGAGAGUCCACACAGGGGAGAAGCCCUAUAAAUGCUUGGAAUGUGGGAAAGGUUUUGCUUGUCAUUCACAACUUGUCAGCCACCACAGAAUCCACACAGGAGAUAAACCCUAUCAGUGUUUGUUGUGCAGGAAAAGUUUUGCUGAGAGAUCAACCUUUGUGACACACCAGAGAGUCCAUACAGGAGAAAAACCCUACAAAUGCCUGGAGUGCGGGAAAUGUUUUGCUCAACAUUCGAAUAUUGUGAAACACCAGAGAAUUCAUACAGGGGAGAAGCCCUAUAAAUGCCUGGAGUGUGAGAAAUGUUUUACUCGCCAAUCGUACCUUGUGGCCCACCAGAAAAUCCAUACAGGAGAGAAGCCCUAUACAUGCCUAGAGUGUGGGAAAUGUUUUGCUCAGAACUCAACUCUGAUACAACAUAAGAGAAUUCACACAGGAGAGAAGCCCUAUAAAUGCCUUGAGUGUGGGAAAGGUUUUGCUGAUAACUCGGGUCUUGUGAAACACACACGAGUCCACAUGGGAGAGAAGCCGUAUCAAUCCCAGGCAUUUUAAACUGUAUCUUAUGUGUAUUUUAUAGUGUAUUUUAACAGUAUUGCAUUAUUGUUGUAUUUUGGUGUAGUUUGGUUCCUUGCUUGUUUGUUUUUUUAUUCUGUUAUAUCUAUUGUAUUUAUAUAUUGUGCUUGUUUUAUUUCUGAUGU